AGUUGUGGGAAAUACUGGCAAAUCCCACAAGUGUAUGAACAGAACCCCACAGGCUGCAAGCCAUCGCUGAGUUUUUAAAACCUUGGCACCCUACGCACGUGUUCUAGGUAUCCGGCUGUAGGGCUUGUGCGCACGCGUGGUGACGAGCUCUGAAGGGCCCGUGUGCAGUAGUGUUUGUGCGGGAUGGGGUUGCUCGGUUACAAUAAUUCUGGGCUGAAAGGUUCUAAACCGCCUUUCUUCUUUGUUGGAGUGUAGGAGUGUUGGAGUGGCGAGUGGCGGUUGGUUUAUCUAGAGCGCUAGUGAGGCGUUUGGCUUAUCUAGAGCGAUAGUGUUGGGCUCAGGAAGCAGUGGAAAGUUAAAGGGAAGGUGAGGCUUCUCUGAAGCCCUUAGGCUAACUGAGAUGAAGAAGUUUUUAGGCUUUGAGGAUAAGAAGGGCUUGCCCAUCAGCCCAGACAACAAGAGGGUAGAAUUUACCUCGCCGUACGGGUACCACAUCCAAAAAGAAGAUCUGGGAAAGAUCCACAGAGCUGCCACUAUGGGCAACGCAGCGAAAGUGCGGCGGAUUCUGUUGCUCCGCAAAAAUGGUGUGAACGAUACAGACAAGAUGAACAGGACUGCCCUACAUUUGGCCUGUGCCAAUGGUCAUGCGGCAGUGGUAACUGUGUUAGCAAAGAGAAAAUGUCAGUUGAACCUUCUUGACAAUGAAAACAAGACAGCUCUGAUAAAGGCUGUACAGUGCCAGAAAGAAGAAUGUGCCACUAUUCUGUUAGAUCGUGGUGCCGACCCAAAUGUAGUGGACGUUGAUGGCAACACUGCUCUCCACCACGCUGUCCUUGGUGAAAAUACAUCCAUAGUAGCAAAGCUGCUAGCACACAAGGCAAAUACGAAAGUGACAAACAAGGAUGGCUUCACACCACUUACACUUGCUGUAAGUGACAACACCGAGGAAAUGGUGGAAUUUUUCGUAAGGGAAACUGUACGCAUCAAGCAGUUGGAAAGCAACAAUCAACAAACUUCUGUAUAUAAAACAGAAGGCAGACCUGAAAGUCUUUCUGAAAGUCUUUCUGAAAGUCUUUCUGAAAGUAGCAAAAGCCUUGUGGAUAAGAAGUCUGAGGAUGACUCUUUGAGAAGUCUUUCCUCCAAACCUAACAUUGAUGAUUCAUGGCCUACAUCAGAAGACGAAGACUUUGAUUUUGGUACCAAGGAACAUUAUGUGGUGUCAGGGGAUGGUUGCCUGCUGCAGGAGGCCUCCGAGCCUCAGUCCCUGCCUUUCGGGGAGGCCCCAUCCUCCUCUGCCGGCAGUCCCGUGUCAGGGGAGGCCCUGUCCUCAUCUGUUGGUGGCCCUGUGUGUGACGCUGUGGGCGUCUGGUGCCCUUCUGGUUGUUCGGGGUUGGCUGAGCCUUCUGAUUCUCCAGAUAAGUUAUUUUCGCCUCCAGAGAGUGAAGCUUGGCGCGGUCACAAAAGAAAGGAGCAACCUUUAGAAAAAAAAAGACCUAAUUCCCUGGAAAUUUGGAAAUUUAAACUCAUUCUACGACCCAAUACGGGUUUGUCGGCCCUUACCUGGGCAUUUUUACGCGUAAGUCCACCAGAGUUAAUGCGUUUGUCCACAGCAGGGGCUCGAAGCCUCUGGCUUGGAGUGGUCCCAGUUCUUCGUGCCCCCACAUCUGGGUGCCAGCUGUGGCGGAUACCGGCCAGCAAUUCUCCUGAAAACAUUUCCUCCUCAAAGGCUGAGGUGGAAGUGAAAGAUCCUCUUCCUAAAAAAGAAGUCAGAACAACUUCAGUACAAACACCCACAUCAGAUUCUCCUGAAAGCUUUUCCUCCUCAAAGCAUGCCAUUGAUGUGACAGAUCAUAUUCCUGAAAAAGUAGUCAGAACGAAUUCUGCACACACAUCCAGAUCAGAUUCUCCCGAAAAUAUUUCCUCCUCAAAGGCUGCGGUGGAAGUGAAAGAUCCUCUUCCUAAAAAAGCAGUUGGAACAACUUCAGUACAAACACCCAUGUUAGAUCAGGAAAUUAAGAUGGCCAAAGUAGAUGAUACAAGAAAUGUAGGCAUACCAGUAGCCUAUAUGGAUUCUCCUGAAGCAUAUGUUUUAUUAAAGUGUGCCUCUGAGGUGAAAGAUCCUGUUCCCAAAAAAUCAGUCAGAGAAAAUUCUGUGCAAACAUCCAGAUCAGCAAAACUAGACUUAGAAGUGGCAUCAGAAGAAGAGGAAGAAAGGCUUGAUGGAAGUAAAAAUAACCACCCACAGGUUUCUGAUAGUUAUGGAAAAGGAAAAAGUCUGUUGCAUGAAAACCACAUGUUGAAGGCUAAAACUGCCAGACUAAGACUAGAAAUAGACACACUACAAAAUCAGAAGCAGGAAAUGGAAAAAAAAUAUUUUGAGGACAUUGUUAUUGUCAAAGCAAAUAAUGAUGUUCUUCAAAAGACAAUAAAAAUGAAUGAGAAAACACUUACAAAAACAAUAUCCCAAUCUAAUGGGCAGCUUCAAGUUCUGACAGCUGAGAAUAUAAUACUAAAGUCUCAACUAGAAACUGAAAAAAAAGACAAAGAAAGACUGGAAACAGAAGUUGAAUCAUACCGGUCAAGACUGGCUACUGCUAUACAGGAUCAUGAGCAAAGUGAGACAUCAAAAAGAGACCUGCAACAUGAUUUCCAGAGAGCAAGAGAUAAAUGGUUUCGUUUACGGGACAAAAUGAGUUGUGAUAUGUCUGACCUAGAAGAUAGAAAUGACAUGCUUUCUCAACAACUUUCUGAAGCUGAAAGUAAACUCCAUAGCCUAGAAACUGAGCUUCAGCACACAAGAGGUGCUCUCAGAGAAAGGACUUUGGUUUUAGAAGGGGUACAGAGAGAUCUAAGAGAAAUACAGUGUCAAAAGAAGAAAACUGAACACAUGUUUCAAACAGAACAAGAUAAAGUGAAUAAAUACACUGAAAAACAGGGCUCCUUAGAGGAGAGGCUAUCUCAACUGCAGAGCGAAAAUGUGUUGCUUCGACAGCAGCUAGAUGAUAACAGUAAUAACAAUAACAGUAAAGAUAAUACAGUAAGUAACAUUCUAGAUCCAUUUCAGGAUAUCAUACAAAUAUUUCAAGAGGAAACUGAAAAACAAGCUGUUAUAGUGAAUGAAAGAAAUACAGAAUUAAUCAAUGUAUGUAAUCAUUUAAAAGAAAUAAUGCAUGAAUGUGAAAACAGUAAAGCAGAAAAAGAUGCAACUGUGAGACAACUUCACCAAGAACUGACUGGCACCCUGAAAAAUCAAUCUGUGUCAGAGGCUUCACUGCAGACUACAUUAGAUUCUCAUAUUAAUUUAGAAGAUGAAGCACUGGAUAUAAAGAAGAAAUUAGAUCAAAGCACAAGUCAGGUAUGUAUGAAAUUUAAUACUUCUUCAGUGAAUCUACAGCUGAUUAAAUAAUAUAAAAUGUUUUAGGAUACUAAUUUU